GGAAUCGCGAGGACAUCGACAUGAGUUGUCUCGAUCUCAGCGUUAGGGAGACAUGCCACAGUGGUAGCAGUGACGAGGGUGAAACAGCAAUCACUGGUGCCGCAGGGGGCACUGGUGAGGUCACAGAGGGACCAGAAAUGGAGGAGUGCGUGAGGUCCUCGAGUGGCAACAGCAACUCAUCGAAUUAUCACCUGAGGCAAACAUCGACCUUCGAUUUUCCUCAGAUCAUGGAUAUGCAGUCGCACGACAGAAAUGAAGACACCAAGUCCAGGGAUUUCUGGGAGCGUAUGGCGGAUCAGAAGGACUUCAGGUCGAGGGACAGUUACAUCAGUGAUUAUCAAGACACAAUAAAGGAAGAGCCGAAGGACCCAGAAGACCAUAAAGACCCCUCAACAGAGUGGCUGUCACCAGUGCCAGAGGUUGAGGUUGGAAGCACUCUGAAUGAGGGACCCCAUGUUCGAGCGAGGAAGGAUAUCCCUAGGGGCGCCAGGUUCGGCCCCUUCCUGGGAAAGUGGACCAUUAACCCGUACAACCCUAGAUACGCGUGGGAGGUUCGACACUCGGGUAGUGGAGUCCGAGGAUGGUUAGACGCCUCUCGCGAAGCUAGCAAUUGGCUCAAGUACAUCAGGAGCACCGGCAAUCCUCAAGCUGUCAAUAUGCGCCACGUUCUGAUUGGUGGAGAGAUUGUCUACGAAGCCGUAAGAGACAUCUCCACUGGCGAGGAGCUCCUGAUGGGUCCAAGAGAGCCCCUCCAACUCCAGGACAUGCGAGAGAACACGACUGAGGACAGGAGCGAUCGCGAGACCGAAUCACAACACAGUGGUACGGCUGACGAAGAGAGGGAGGAGGACAAGGAGGGGGAAAUUCGUUGUCCAGUCUGCGACAAACCCUUUCAAGAGAUUGACGUAUUGGAUUGUCACCUGGUGACCUGCCACCGCUACCCCUUGGACCAGCACCGCUGCGACAGCUGUUCCCGAGGAUUCGCCUGGCGUCCCCUGCUAGUCCGUCACCGAGCCCUCAUCCACGGAGACCUCCGGAAGUACCCCUGCGAGAACUGUCCAAAGGCGCCUCCCCAGGUAUUCACGGACGCCUCCAACCUCCAGCGCCACAUCCGCACAAAUCACGUGGGCGCUCGCAGUCACGCAUGCACCGAGUGUGGAAAAACCUUCGCAACGUCAUCAGGGCUGAAACAGCAUACCCACAUUCACAGCAGUGUCAAGCCCUUCACAUGUGAGGUGUGCUUCAAAGCCUACACCCAAUUCUCAAAUCUCUGCCGUCACAAACGCAUGCACUCCCUCUGCCGAAUGCAAAUAACUUGCGCCAAAUGUGGACAAUCCUUCAACACCGGUACCUCUUUAUCAAAGCAUAAACGUUUCUGCUACUCGACAAAUCCAUCCCGCUGUGGUAAUCCUCAUCCCCCACCACCACCGCCACCACCACAAUCAGGCGUCAUGUCUCAACUGCCAUCAUCAGGUGGUGAUCCAUUCCUGGUGUAUCCACGUCCGCCAGUCUCCCUACCAGGAGGUUUUCCCCUCUACCCACCAGCUCUGAUGGCCCCCUACCACGGCAUCUUCCCCAAUACCCCCAACUUCCUGAACACCCCCCUCCUCUUCCCAAAGAUCCCCGAGGAUCCAAAGCGAAAUCAAAGCGAGAGCCCAAAGAAGGAGAGAUUCACACCACCGAGAAUCCUCCCAACGAACAAAGUCUCACCAUCAGCUGGUGAAGAAGCCACAUCGACAUUCAGACCAUCACCAGCACGACCGAGUGUUCAACCCACCCCAGACAGCGAUGAUGAAGUCAAGAAACGUGAUACACUAGUGGAAAAAAUGGAGACUGAGUCAUCAUCGUCGUCUGAAUCCACUGAUCAACCACUUGAUCUACGAGUUAUGAAGAAGACUGAGACACCUGGGGAGUCAAGAAUUGCCGAGAGUCGAACGCCAUCACCAGCACCAGUGCCGAGGAGCAUUACUCCCGAGGUGAAGACGUCUGUCAAUGACGAGGAGAAGGAGCAAAAGAGAAAUAUGGAUGCCAGAAUAAUGAGCGAAAUGAGUAAAUUGAGCGAAAUAAGCAAAUUGAGCGAAAUGAGCAAAAUGAGCGAAGCGAGCAAAACGAGCAAAAUGGGUAAAAAUCGUGAUACACGCGAUUUUCAUGAAUCCCCAUCGUCCCCAGUGCCCAUGACUCAUCCACAAGAGCAACAACUUCCAAAUACACCCCCUCACAUCUCCUAUCCACGUCCCAUUCAUCCCAUGUUCAUCGAGGCAAUGUACAGAAAUCCAGGAACAUUUCCGGGUUUUCAUUCAGCUCCACCAUCAGCUCCCGAUUCUCGUCUUCUGCCGCCAUUGCCCCACUUUGGACCCACCCGGGGUCUUCCAUUUUUGGGAAAUCUCAUGAAUGGUCUCAAUAGACCGGGUUUCGAUAUGCUGGCAAGACCACCCAUGAAUUUUCCUGGGGUCAAGCCUUUUCAAGAGACUGUGAUGCAUCAUCCCCUGGGUAAAAUCAAGGACAGGUACUCCUGCAAAUUUUGUGGCAAAGUAUUUCCAAGGUCAGCUAAUCUCACGAGACAUCUGAGAACGCAUACCGGUGAGCAGCCGUACAAGUGUAAACACUGCGAGAGAUCCUUCAGCAUCUCCAGCAAUCUUCAGCGUCAUGUCAGGAACAUUCAUGACAAGCAGAGGCCCUUCAAGUGUCCACUGUGCGAGAGGUGCUUUGGACAGCAGACCAAUCUCGACAGACAUCUCAAGAAGCAUGAGGCUGAUGACGGAAGUGUCGUUGUUUCCGUUGCUGAUUCACCAGGAAGUAGUAAUGAGAACGAUCGGGAGGAGACAUACUUCGAUGAAAUCAGGUCGUUCAUGGGAAAGGUCACGUAUGCUGGGGAUAAUUAUGGAAUUGGUCAUCCCGAGUUUAUCACUGGGAAGAGGGGGGAGUAUGAGUAUGAUGAGUACAGCGAGGAGAGGGUCAGCCCCAUUGAUGAGGGGGGCUUGAGCCCGGAGGGGGGCAGGAAGGAGAUCAGGGACGGGUUCGAGAUGGGCUGCAGGGACAAGGGGGAGAUGAUUAAUAAUAACACUGCUGAACCAGUUAUUGAGAUUUCUACAUAGUCGGGGGGCUU